UUGGUGGUUCGUUACCUUCCGACGCUCCCGCCGGCGCUCGACGGUCUGAGUCUGGUGGUUGGUGAGGGGGAGCACGUGGGGCUGUGCGGGCGGACGGGUGCCGGGAAGAGCACCGUGGUGGCGGCGUUGCUUCGGCUGGUGGAGGCGGAGGCAGGCCGUGUGCUGCUGUACGGAGUGGAUGUACGGGCCGUACCGCUGUCACGGCUGCGCGCCUCAGUGGGAGUGCUGCUGCAGCGCCCCUUCCUCGCCAGCGGCACUGUACGAGAGAAUCUGGAUCCGGUGGGG